AUGGAAAGUCAGCCUUCUUUGUCAGAGAAAAAGGAUGAUAAACUCAAGACAGACAAAGACGGUUGCAGUAAAAAUCAUUCCAGUAGUUCAUCUCACAAGGAAAAAUCUCACAGUUCUUCUAAUAUUGAUUUAUCAGGAAAUGCUUCAGAUAAAUAUUCGUCUUUACCACACAGUCAUAAAGAUUCAAAAGGAAGCUCUUCAGAUAAACAUUCAUCCUCCUCACAAGGUCAUAAGGAUUCAAAGGAAAGUCCUUCAGAUAAACAUUCUUCCUUGUCACACAGUCAUAAACAUUCAAAGGAAAAUUCAAAAGGAAGUUCUUCAGAUAAACAUUUGUCCUCAUCGCACAGUCAUAAAGAUUCAAAGGGGAGUUCUUCGGAUAAACAUUCAUCCUCAUCACACAGUCAUAAUGAUUUGAAAGGAAGUUCCUCAGAUAAACAGUCAUCCUCAUCACAUAGCCAUAAACAUUCGUCAUCAUCACACAGUCAUAAAGAUUCUAAAGGAAAUGCUGCAGAUAAACAUUCGUCCUCAUCACACAGUGGUCAUUAUAAAUCACCAUCAGAUCCAAAGCUAUCGAACUCAGGGCAUAAAUCUGGCAUGUCUUCUGAAAUAAGGUCAUCCUCUUCAUCACGAGAUCAUGAACAUAGACAUAGUUCUGGCACCUCCAAGUCCACUUCAGGGAAUUCCAGACCACGUGACUCUGAGCGCUCACAAAAAGACACCCCCUCUGGAGAAGCAAAACAUUUGGCUAAUUCUUCUUCCAAAAGCCAGAACUCCUCGAAACCUAAAGAACCAUCAUUGUCUAAACCUGAACUCAAGUCUUCUCCACCAUCGGCAUCAAAGGAUGCCCCUCCAUCUGGGCUCCAGCCCAGUGCUUCUGAUCAGCUGCCGGUUGUGUUAAGCAAACACCAUCUCAAUCCUACGGUCGAACGGCAGGCAAAUUCAACUCUUUCCGAAAAAGAGAAGAUUCUAGCUCGGCUUCAGGCUAUCAAGCAAAGAACACUUGAAGCCAUCCACAAAGAAAACAUGGGGAAAGGGAGACGGGGUAAAGGAGAAAAAACUCAUAGGAAAUCAAAGACUGACGUAAAACAUGAUGACAAAACUAAAUCUGUGGAAAUUGUCAGAGAUACUGUGUCAUCCUCUGAAGAUGAAGAUGAGGGUAAUAAUGAUGUGCCUUCUGCUUUAGAUAUCAUGUUGUCUGAAAGGACGGCUAAGCUUGAGAAAGAAAAAAUAACCCGAAUGGCAAAACAGGCCUGGGAACGAGCAAUGAAAAAAGAUGCGGGUGAACCUGAAAAGGAAGUGAAAGUUAAGAAAAAGCAUAAAUCUUCUAAGAGAGAUGUGGAUAGCACGCACAAGCAUAAGAAAUCUGGCAAUGAUGAUAAAAAGAACAAUAAUAAAAAGAAGGAUAGCUCAUUGUCGCCCCGUGACAACACUCGGAAAUCAUCUCCAAAACCCAGGAAACCAGUGAUUGUGAGACAUUCACUUCAGUCCGCUCCGCCAAUGGAUUUUAAAGCUCUGUUAGAAAUGGCAGAAAAGAAGCAGAAAGAACCCCCAAAACCAUUGGGGGCUGUCCAGAAAAAGAAAAAGGAAGAAGAUGAACGCCCCCUCACUCAAGAAGAAAAGGAUAGGAGAGAAAGGAAAAAGACCAAAGAAUACCAAGAUUGGUUAAAAUUCGGAGGAAAGCCACCAGCAAAGACAUAUGAUUCUUCUGAUGAGGAUGAGUUGCAGACGGCUGCUGAAAACAGCAGUGAUAAGAGACAGACAUCCCAGCAUCCAGCUUUGAAUGAUAAAAAUAAGGUCUUAUCAGGCAGCAGUAAACAGUCUUUCAACAACAAACAGAUACUCAACAAAGACAGCUCAAGAAAUAACCAUCAGGUUGCUGCGAAUGGUGAUAUUAAAAACAAGCAAAAAAACAUUACUGUUAAUGAAAAUGUACUUGUUUGUGGUCCUGGCAGUGAUGAUGAAGAAUCAGGAGGAAAAUCAGUAAACCCUUUUGACAGAAUAAUGGGCCAGUUCCAGAAGAAAAGGCCAGCACAGCAGUCUCAAUCAGCCGUCCCAGUCAAGAAAGGCCGCUUCCUCGACUCUGAAGAGGAGGAAGAAGACCCAGACAUGGAUGACUUUAUUGAUGAUGGCGAGGGGGAUGAACCAGAUUAUUCUCAGGAGAUUAAAAAGUUGUUUGGCUAUGACAAGAGCAA